CCGUAGCCUCGGCGUUGGCGUCGGCGGCGGCGGAGGAGGAGGAGGAAGAAGAGGAGGAGGCCCGGGCCGGAGGACACGGGGCGGCGCGCCUCUCACCGGGCCCCGACCCACACCGGAGGCGCCAACACCGGCGGGGGACUCCAUGGAUUCCUUCUGGCAACCAAAGUCAGAAGAUGAGCAAUCAGUAGUCAGCAGGAUGCAGAAGAAGUACUGGAAAACCAAGCAGGUCCUAAUCAAAGCAACGGGAAAGAAAGAGGAUGAACAUGUGGUGGCAUCGGAUGCAGAACUGGAUGCCAAACUAGAGGUUUUUCACUCUAUUCAAGAAACUUGCACGGAACUCCUAAAGAUUGUUGAGAAGUACCAGCAGAGACUCAAUGCCCUUUCCGAGGAGGAAAACGAACUGGGGUUUUUUUUAAAGUUUCAAGCAGAGCAGGAUGGAACUCAAGCAAGGAAAAUGAUGGAUGCCACUGGGAAGACUCUUUGUUCCUCUGCCAAGCAAAGGUUAGCCCUGUACACUCCACUGACUCGCCUGGAGCAAGAAGUGGCAACAUUCAGUCAGAGGGCUGUGUCGGACACCUUGGUCACAAUCAACCGGAUGGAGCAAGCUCGCACAGAAUACAGGGGGGCCUUGCUGUGGAUGAAGGAUGUCUCUCAAGAACUGGACCCGGACACCUACAAACAACUGGAGAAAUUCCGAAAAGUGCAGAUCGAGGUGAGAAACACCAAAACCCAGUUUGACAAGUUAAAGAUGGAUGUUUGUCAGAAGGUGGACCUGCUUGGUGCGAGUCGCUGCAAUAUGUUAUCGCAUUCUCUCACGGCCUACCAGAGAACUCUCCUGGGAUUCUGGGAAAAAACGGCUCGAAUGAUGUCCCGAAUUCAUGAGGAAUUUACAGAAGUCCAUCCAUAUGACUUUGUUGUGCUCAAGAGACUUCAUGAGCCCCCAGCUCAACUUGCUGAAGAACAGAAAGAGGACAAAAUAGGAAACGAUUCUCUUCCUGAAAACUUUGAGGAGCUAAUUGUGUUGGAUGAAGAAUCCCCUGUGAGUUUGGGUACUGAUCGAGUACCUGAAGACCACAAAGAAAGCCUUUUUCAAAUGAGUGAAUUUGGAGCAUCGCAGCUUUCUGGCCCUGAAAAUGUGAACUCGAGUCUCCACCCUCGACUCUCUCCCGUGCCGCCGCUGCCCGGCGCAGUUGUAAAAGACCUGCUUGCGGAUUCGCUGGAAGGAAAAGAUUUUGAAAAGGAGUUCUCCUUCCUGAGCCCCAGUUCCUCAGGACCUGGAGAGUCCACUCAGGAAUGCCAGACUGCAUUUGGUCAGCCCGGGUCCAGCUUCCCAACACAGGUGGCUUCCUCAGAGUCAGAGGCGCUCGCAAAUUUGCCCGGAUUCCUCCCUUCACAACUCCUUGACCUGGGUCGCCAGACGGCUGGCGGUUUCAAGACCCCAGAAGCCAGCAACCGAGACAUGUCAGCCUGGUUCAAUCUGUUUGCUGACCUGGAUCCCCUUUCAAACCCAGAUGCUAUUGGACACUCGGAUGACGAACUCCUAAACGCUUGACUGGAGUUUCUAAGUAGACAGUCGUUUAUAUUGUGCCGACAAUGGCCGUGAGACACUGACCUCUCUAUCAUCUUGCUUUCCUGGCAGAGUUCAGAUUGUAACCCAGACCCAAAGUGUGGCAUGUGAGAUUGUGAUACUGCUUGAGCUCCCUACUCUCCAGAUGGAAAAGGCCUGGUCAAGACCACUGGGAAGAAGCUGUCCCGUCUUUAACGCAGUUGUUUCGUGACUGUUGUCAGUAUUGUGUGGAAAACCUAUUAAGCUAUUUUGAAUCACUUGAGUUUCUCAAUUCUUAAAGUUCCUGAACAGAA